AUGGCCGUCAGUGGCGGGGGAAAGGACUACUCUGGCUUCGACCUCACGGGACAGGACCUCGGCGGCCAGACUCUCAACGGGAAGGAGUUCCGUGGAACUUUUGCGAAGGGCGCCUCCUUUAAGGACUCCAAGCUGCGCGGCUGCUCCUUCUUCAAGGCGGACAUGUCCGAGGUGGAUUUCUCCGGCGCGGACCUCUCAAGCGCAUCGCUGGAGGAGGCUGGGCUGACCGGCGCGUUGAUGGACGGCGCGGUGCUCGAGUCUGCGUACCUGACGAAGACCAUCGCCGACGCCGAGUCCAUCAAGGGCGCCGACUUCACAGAGGCCGUCAUGCCGCUGCCGACGCAAAAGGCGCUGUGCGCCAGAGCGGACGCGAUUGGCAAGAACCCGACCACCGGCGCGGACACGCGCGAGUCGCUCAUGUGCGUGUGAGUGCGUGUGCGAGAGGCGGCAGAGGCCGUACACCGUGGCUCGUGCCCCUCUGUGCUUGCUCACUCACCACACCGAGACCUUGCCGAGGGGUCCCGUACCAUGCUCCAUGCGGAAUCGACCCUAUCCACAGUGCUCAAGUGCUCAAGAGAUCGUCGGAAAAAUCUUUUUAUCUGGUGUGUACCUGUACCUGUGUU